AUGAGAAAAAACACAUGGUCGACGAAAAAAUUAUAGACCCUAAUAAUAAUAACAAUUCAUCUCUUUCUUUAUGAACCAAAUAACUGUAAAAAGAAAAAAAAAAAAACAGAUUUGUUUGAUUGUUUCCACUCUAAAUAAUUGAGAUUUUCUUAUUCUUUAAUUUCUACCAAACUCAAAUACCCUUUUUCUUUUUUUCAAAUUUUAUACUAUCCAAUACAUCAUGCCAUCACGUUAUAGUAUCUGACAUACCACUAACUAUGUAUCUAUCUAUCUAUCUAUGUAUACUCUUAACUCUAACUCUCUCCCCAGAAACAGACAUGGCUUCCACAUAUCAUGCCUUCUACGCCACCAUCUUCCUCCUUCUUUCCUCCAUUAAUACCUGAAAGAAAAAGCUCAUCACAACACAAGAGAAUCAUGGGCAGUACUAGUAGUAACAGUUGGUUCAAACGAAUUCGAAGAAGUUUUGUGAAAGGAUCUUCUUCUAGGAACAUCAUUGUUGUCUACUCCAACACCAAUUCAAACUCUCACAUAUCCCAUGAAGAAACCACUGAACUUGUCUCAGCUGUUGCAGCUACGAUAAGCCCAGAAACACCUCUCCCACCAGCUCCAACAAAGCAAGAUUUGGCUGCCAUCAAAAUCCAAGCACAUUUCAGAGGCCAUCUUGCAAGACGAGCAUUUCGGGCCCUGAGGAGCCUUGUCAAGCUGCAAGCCAUGGUCCGAGGAGGGCAAGUCAGGAAACAGGCACGCAUAGCUAUGCAUUGUAUGCAUGCUCUAGUCCGGCUGCAGGUCAGCGUCCGAGCAAGGCAACUCCUUGGCGGGGAUAGCAGCAAUAACAACAACAACAACAAAAACCGGUUAAGCCUGCAAAGACAUCUUUUUUAG